AUGGAAUUUGUGCAAGAGCUGGGCAAAGGUGAAAGGGCUGUGUCCUGCCCCAAAUCCCUCAUCCCUUCGCUCUGCUUCAUUGACACUCCCGCCCCCUGCUCGCUCCAGGCAGCUAACUUCACACAAACUCUGACCUCUUACUCUCCCUCCUUAACUCCAGGGCAGGCAAGACAAGACGAAAGGCAGGGCAGCGUGAGCCGAUCACCCCCCAACGCCGUACAACUCCGAUCCGUGAGCUCCCAGGGUACCAUGGCUUCCCAGCCGCAGCCGUCUGCUGUCCAAAAUCCCCCCUCUCACUCUUGGGCCUCUCUGUGUGGGUCUCCUCCCUGGGGCCUCAGCUGUCUUCUGGCUCUGCAGCAUAUCUUGGUCCUGGCUUCUCUCCUCUGUGCCUCCCACCUGCUCCUGCUUCAAAGUCUCCCUGCAGGAGGACUCUCUUCCUCCCCUGCCCAGCUCCUGGCCUCCAGCCUCUUUUCAUGUGGCGUGUCUACAGCCCUGCAAACUUGGAUGGGCAGCAGGCUGCCUCUUAUCCAGGCUCCAUCCUUAGAGUUUCUUAUCCCUGGUCUGGUGCUGACCAGUCAGAAGCUACCUCUGACCACCCGGACACCUGGAAACUGUGAGCACAGAGCAAGGGCACAGGCCUCCCUUGUGCUGCGCUUGUGUGGGGGACCUGGCUGCCAUGGCCUGGAGCUCUGGAACGCUUCUCUCCGAGAAGUGUCCGGGGCCGUGGUGGCCUCCGGGCUGCUGCAGGUCAUGCUGGGGCUGUUCGGGGGUCCUGGCCACUUGUUCCCCCACUGUGGGCCCCUGGUUCUGGCCCCCAGUCUAGUUGUGGCAGGGCUCUCGGCCCACAGGGAGGUAGCCCUGUUCUGCUCUGCUCACUGGGGCCUGGCAUCGCUGCUUAUCCUGCUCAUGGUGGUCUGUUCUCAGCACCUGGGCUCCCGCCUGUUACCGCCUCACCCCUGGAGGGGAGCUUCAACCUCUUCAACCCACACUCACAUCCCUGUCUUCAGGCUCCUCUCGGUGCUGAUCCCAGUAGCUUGUGUAUGGACCAUCUCUGCCCUGCUGGGUCUCAGCACCACCCCCCGGGAGCUGUCUGCCGAGGCACCGUGGUUUUGGCUGCCUCACCCAGCUGAGUGGGACUGGCCCUUGCUGACACCCAGGGCUCUGGCUGCAGGCAUCUCUAUGGCCUUGGCAGCUUCCACCAGCUCCCUGGGCUGCUACGCCCUGUGCGGCCAGCUGCUGCAUUUGCCUUCUCCACCUCCGCAUGCCUGUAGCCGAGGGCUGAGCCUGGAGGGUCUGGGCAGUGUGCUGGCUGGGCUGUUGGGGAGCCCCAUGGGCACUGCAUCCAGCUUCCCCAACGUGGGCACCGUGAGUCUUCUCCAGGCUGGAUCUCGGCGAGUGGCCCACUUGGUGGGGCUGCUCUGCGUGGUGCUUGGGCUCUCCCCGAGGCUAGUCCAGCUCCUCACCACCAUCCCGCUGCCUGUGCUUGGUGGGGUGCUGGGGGUGACCCAGGCCGUGGUUCUGUCUACUGGAUUCUCCAGCUUUCACUUGGCUGACAUUGACUCUGGGCGGAAUGUCUUCAUUGUUGGCUUCUCCAUCUUCAUGGCCCUGUUGCUGCCAAGAUGGUUUCGGGAAGCUCCAGUCCUACUGAACACAGGCUGGAGCCCCUUGGAUGUGUUACUACGCUCACUGCUCACAGAGCCCAUCUUCCUGGCGGGACUCUUGGGCUUCCUCCUAGAGAACACCGUUCCUGGCACACAGCUUGAGCGAGGCCUAGCUCAAGGGCUGCCAUCUUCUUUCACUGCCCAAGAGGUUCGGAUGCCUCAGAAGUCCAGGGAGAAGCCUGCUCAAGAGUAUGAGCUUCCUUUCUCCAUCCAAAACCUGUGUCCCUGCAUUCCCCAGCCCUUCCGUUGCCUCUGCCCACUGCCUGAAGACCCUGGGAAUGAAGAAGGAGGGCCCUCUGAGCCAGGAGAGACAGCCGACUUGCUGCCUGGCUUUGGGGAGCAGUGCCCUGGAUCUAGCAGAGAAGAACUUAGGUCCCAGUAAUUACCAGGACUCCAGCUUCCACCUUGA